AUGGCCGACGCUUUUAUUGGCUAUACGAUUCUUGUCACUCUCGCCCACCCACACAAUGCUCAGAUCCAAGGAGUGGUAUCCGAUGUAAUAAAUCAGAAUCUACUUCUCCGUGACGUUCUCUUACUAUGGAGUGGCCAGAGACUCCCCUCUUACACCAUUGAAUCUUCGACAAUUGCCGACCUCGAACUUUCUCCCAAUCAAGGUACAAGGCAUGAAAAUGAUGAAGAGAUCACGACGCCUGUGGCUUUCCCUCAACUUGAGAACAGAUCAAUCCACCCUGAUCCGCGUCCGCAGCAAAAUGUCUCGAGUUUUGUUGAUCCUGCCAUCAUUAGCUACACACGACCUCCCUCCCAACCUCAUGUUCCCUCUACUCAGAAAAUCCCUCCUGUUUCCCCCAUCAUGAUCGCAGAUGGCGUUGUGAGCAGCCCGUCUGUCAGAAUUCCUCACAAUGGGGUACAUGGAGGCAGCUCGGUAUCAAGUAUCGCGACUGCAAUACAUCGUAAGCACGAGAAGAGAAACACUUCAGCCAGCGCAACACUCACCGAGCCUUUCGAUGCUCUAGGCUUGCGUAACGAUAUGGCCAAGUCGGACCAAAAGACGGCUGCUACAAAAGCAUCCAAAGUGCGAGACGCACCCUCGCAGACUGGACCUGGCAUUAUCGACAUGAAGGAUGUCAACCAUGGGCCACUGAAGCCGGCGAAGAAAUCAGGAAAGGGCAAGGGAUGGCGUCAGACACCUUUGAUCGAAGAGGUCCCCAGACAGAAUCAGAAGAAGGGUGCAAGAGGUCGAAAAAUGGCUGAGGACGGUAACGGAUGGGCAACAGAAGACGCCACGGAUAUUCAAGACUUGGGCGAUUUCGAUUUCGAGUCGAAUCUGUCCAAAUUUGACAAACGACGGGUUUUUGAUGAUAUUCGCAAAGAAGAUCAAACGCCCGAUGGUGACCGAUUGGUCAGCUUCAAUCGAAAAGCGCGACCAGGAACCAAUGGUGGUCGCAAUUUGCACUACACUGAGAAUGUAUUGGACGUUCCGGAUAUCAAGGACAAAGACCGAUGGAAGAGCGAGGCAGGGGAAACUGAGGACGAUAUACUGGAAGGGCAUUAUUCUAGUGGAAAGGGGUCACGGCGAGCAGCAUCGAGAAAGCCAUUGCAGUCCCGAAAAGGAAGUAUGCUACCAGGGCAUAUUGAUCGCACAGAAUCACCUCGGCCGUUGACGAGGAUCCACACAGCCUCACCACUGAACGGAUCUAUUUCUGGGAUUCGAGCCUCGUUCAAGCUGCCAAAUAACAAGCCAUGCCACUGUUUGACACCACUGCAGAUGCUUGAGAUCGAGCAGCUCUGUACAUCCGAUCUUGGAUUGACCGAAGAUAUGCUUUCGGAAAAUGCAGGGCGCAGUAUCGCAAUGGCAGUCCUCAAAAUUCCCGAGGUAAGAAGCGUGCUUGUGCUCGUGGGCAACCACAAGAGCGGUGCUAGAGCCAUCGCCGCUGCAAGGCAUCUACGCAAUCGGCGAUUGAGGGUGACUGUUGUGGUACUGGGUGGAGAACGUGAGGAACUCCUUCUCGAAGUCAUGCGCAAGCAGUUGGGAAUCUACAAGAAGAGCUCUGGGUACGUGGAGAAAUGGGAUGAAUAUCAAACCAAGGCUACAGCUGGAGGCCCUGCACCGGAUGUGAUUGUCGAUGCUCUGCUCGGUAUCCACGUCGCUUUUGAGGAGCUGCGAACAGACGACCAGGCUACAGUGCUAGAGAUGACAAGAUGGGCAAACCGGACUGCUCAAGUCCUCUCCAUCGACAUCCCCAGCGGUUUAUCUGCAAGUUCGGGGUUACUGACCGAACAUGAUGGGCAGUCACUUGUGAUGGCUAGCAAGCAGAUCAUCAGUCUGGGUGCACCCAAGUCAGGUCUGCUCCUUGCCAUGGCUUCAGAGGUUGUUGAGCCCUCUUGGCAGGUUUGGGUGGUUGAUAUUGGUAUUUCGGCGGCUGCGUGGAACAAGCAUGGCUCGAGACGAAAACACGGCGUUGACUUUGGUGUCGAAUGGGUGGUUCCCUUGAAAUUCGCUCUUGGACCUUGA